AUGACUGUCGGAGUUGCUGGCACUAAGGGAACUGGUGGCACCACUGGCGCCGCUCUUGUCCUCCUCCUCCUCUUUGCUACCAACCAAACUGCCAAAGCAGCUGAGACUAUACCCGCCACAGCUGCAGGUAGACCAACACCAAGACCUAUCUUGUUCUCUGAUGACAUGCCCCCAGACUUGCCUUCCGAAACCUCGGUGGGAGAUGGUGCCUCCUCAGGCGAUGCACUAGUCGAUGCUGUUUCCGGUGCCGUUGAUACAGGACUUCUAUUAGUUGAGAAAGUAUCUGAUGCUGUCAGAAUAGGUCGAUUGAAAAUGAUCACUUCUGCGGUGGGCUGUACAUCUGUGCACCAAACAAGUGAAGCAGAGAUAUCGUAUCUCGAUGUCGAAAUCACUUUUUGGAAAGACCUUUUGCCAACAACUCGUCCCAGCACUGAGGCUUUCUUCAUUGCACUGUCCUUGGCUAACUGCGGUAUAGCCUAA